CGCGCGGCGGCGCGGCGGGCCCAGGCGCGGGCCAUGGAGGCGGGGAGCAGCUGCUACCAGUUUCGGGUCCUGCUGCUCGGGGACGCGGGGGUGGGCAAGACGGCGCUGCUGCGGCGCUACGUGGCGGGCGCGCCGGGGGCCGCGGAGCCGGAGCCGGAGCCGGGGGCCGAGGCCGAGGCGGAGCCCACGGUGGGCGUCGAGUUCUACAGCCGCGCGCGGCAGCUGCCAGCCGGGCCGCGCGUGAAGCUGCAGCUCUGGGACACCGCGGGCCAGGAGCGCUUCAGGUGCAUCACCAGGUCCUUCUACCGGAACGUGGCGGGUGUCCUGCUGGUCUAUGAUGUGACAAACAGGAAGUCCUUUGAACACAUCCAAGACUGGCAUGCAGAGGUCCUAGCCACUCAGGGCCCGAAGGUGAUCUUCCUGCUGGUCGGCCACAAGAGUGACCUGCAGAGCAGCCGCUGCGUCUCCUCCCAGGAGGCAGAGGAGCUGGCCACCUCCCUAGGCUCAGCCUUCAUAGAGACCUCAGCCAGAAACAACUGCAAUGUGGAGAUGGCCUUUGACACCCUCACGGAUGCCAUCCUGCAGGCCCUGCAGCAGGGGGACAUGGAGCUGGGAGAGGACUGGGGGGGUGUCCGGCUCAUCCACAAGGCCCAAGUGCCCAGCUCCCCCAGCAGAAAGCAGCAUGCAGGCCUGUGCCAGUGUUGAUCUGAGAGAGGGUCAAAGGUCUCAGCCUCACAGACUGUGUGGGACUGGGUCUACUGUAUUAGUAUCUCUGGGAGUCAAAUGACAGAGGAGUAAUGUCAACAGUAUUUUGUGUGUGUGUCGGCGGGGGGGGGGGGGGGGUUUCCAGGGUCUUGCCGUACAGUUCAGGCUGGCCUUAAACUCACUUUGUAGCCCAGGGUAGUCUCAAACUCACAGCAAUCUUUUUGCCUCAGCCUCCCCAAGUGCUGGGAUUACAGGCAUGCUGCCACCAUGCACGGCCUAACAUUAUCUUGACAUGGUCUUGCCUCCUAGAUUUUGAAGUCUCGCCCCUUGCUAGAGAGAGGGCUAUAAAGCCAGGUGUGUAUUCCCUGUCCUUGAGCCUCAGUUUCUUUACCUGUCAGUGGAGCUCUUAAAAGAUCCCACUGGGGCUGGGGAUUUAGCUCAGCGGCAUAAGCACCUGCCUUGCAAGCAAGCAGUCGUGCGUUCCAUCCCUGGUACCGAUAAAAAGGAAAAAGCCAAAAACAAUCUAAAAGAUCCCACUGCUCAGGGAGGUUGUAGUCACAAGAUAAAGACAGGGUGUGCUCACUCAGAGCCUGCCACGCAGAGAACUGAAGGACAAAAGCUGUUAACCCCGCAUUCCUUUCUGGCUGUGACGCUGCCAUUUCUGGCAGGAUUUCGGGCCCAGUGCUGAGCCACUUGGCAUCUGAACAGCUGUCCUGGAGAAGACUGUGAGGGGAUUCCCAGUGUGAACUUGGCUUGGAGGCUCCCCUUUUUUUGAAAACAGUUUCACUAUGCAGUUCAGAUUGGCUUUGAACUCACUAUGUAGCCCAGGCUGCUCUUGGAUUCCAGGUGAUCCUCCUGCCUCAGCCUCCUGAGUGCUAUAUCCCACUAUAUCUGGACCUAUAUCUUUUGGUCCUCAGACUAGGAUGAAUCAGAUGUGGUUUCAGACUCGGGGCUGCUGCCCACUGUCCCCACCCCAAGCCCACAGCUGAAUCUGGAUCCCAGAGGCAGGGGUGAGUGAACAGCAGUCAGGUUGGUCACGGUGGACACUAAGAAGAGCCUGGCAGGCUGUAGGAUGCACCCAGCCCAGCUGCUGGGCCCUCUCCCUGGGGGACCUUAGCUUGCAAAGCUCCCUGGGAGACUGCCUGGCCCUGGGGCAACCCACAUCCAGUUUUCAUCAACUCUGGACAACUCUGAGGGUCAAAUCCAGCUUCAUCUGUCCUUGAGCUUCACUGAGAACAUCACUGACAUCAUGGCCAAGUUUCCCUCUGCCAGUCCUGCUUCCUUCCCACCCAAGUGUGGCUCUCAAGAAUGUCCCUACUUGGGCUGGGGAUUUAGCUCAUCGGCAUAAGCACCUGCCUUGCAAGCAGGCGGUCGUGAGUUCAUUCCCUGGUACCGAUAAAAAUGAAAAGACAAAAAAAAAAAAAAAAAAAAAAAGAAUGUCCCCUACUGCCUUGUAAGCAGGCAGUCGUGUUUGAUCCCUGGUACCGAUAAAAAGGAAAAAGACAAAGGAAAAAAAAAAGAAUGUCCCCUAAUGUCCGCCCACCAUGCUCCAUCUGCCUCUUGGGGCACCCAGCCUGUCACAGGAGCUGCCAGGCAAGAAUGGGCAUAUUUUCAUCCCUUCACCAAUUUUUUUUAUUUUUUUAUCUUUUUUUUUUUCCUUUUUAUCGGUACCAGGGAUCAAACUCACAACUGCAUGCUUGCAAGGCAGGCACUUAUGCCGCUGAGCUAAAUCCCCAGCCCCUCAAUUUUGUCUUUUCAUGAGAAUUGACUCUGUUCCAGUCGGGUUAUAGCAGUGACCAUGACAGAAAAGUCUUUUGGGGGCUAGCAUUCUAGUGGAAGAGGGAAAAAAAGAAGUAAAUAAACCAUACCAUUUCCAGUUGUGCUCGUGACUGUGAGGAGCACAGAUCAGGGACAUGGGGUGUGCGGGGCGUGGCCUCUGGGCUGGAGCUGCUUCCAAGAGGGGAGGAAAAGCUGAGGUAGGAGCAGGGAUGGCCAGCCUUGAUGCAGGGCGGCUUCUGUUGUCACGUUACAGGUGAGACCAGUCCAAAGCAAGCAACUGAUGGGCUUGAAGUCACACAGCCUGGAAGAGCAGGAAGUUCCAGUACUUUCUCGAGGACUCCCUGUGGCCUCUGGGGACCCUUGUUCAGGAGGGAAGCUUGUCUGAAAGAGAGCAGCUAGCCCUGGUCACAGAAGCCCUGGCCAGGGCCUGGAGAACCCACAGACAGGGAGAGUGGAGAGAGUGCCAUGUUCCUAAGUGCAAAGUGUCAGUAAUAACUUUGGUCCCACGGGGUUAUGACACUAAGUGAAAUAUGUGAACUCAAACCACAGUAUGGGCCCUUCUAUUGAGGGUGGCUUACUAACCUUGUAGAACCCUGCUCACUCUGGGAACUGAGCCCAGGGCCACUGCAUCCUCAGGCUUUUAUUUUAUCUUGAUGCAGGAUAUUGUUACAUAUGUAAAUUGCCCAGGCUGGGCUCAGAGUUGCCAUCUUCCUGCUUCAGCCUCCCAAUCCUGGGAUGGAGGCACACAGCACCACGCCCAGCACAGCUUGCCCAGUGUAUCCAAAGGGUCCUCAUGCUGAGUUUGAGGGUGGUUUGGACUAUAUAAUAAGAUCCUGUCCCCUCCCCCACAAAAGAAAAAAAGAAGAAAGGGCUGGGCAUUUAGCUGAGUGGCAUAAGUGCCUGCCUUGCAAGCUUGAGGUCAUGAGUUCGAUCCCCAGCACCAAAAAAUAGAGAGGAAAUCAAUGCCAUGAUAUUUUUUUAAACUUUUUAUCGAUACCAGGGAUCAAACUCAAGACCGCCUGCUUACAAGGCAGGUACUUAUGCUGCUGAGCUAAAUUCCCAGCCCCAAAAAAGAGGAAAUCUAGGGUAGUGCUUGUUACACAGCAGGUUACAAAAUGAAGUCCUUAGCUCCUUUCUUUGAGAUUUUCACUUUAAUCAUUACAAGGGAACAGAGAUUGCCAGAGAAACUACUCUAGUAAAAUAACUUUCAGACUCUGAUGAAGUUUUUUUUAUUUGUUUUGUUUUUUAGACAGUGUCUCACUACCCCAGGAUGGCCUCGGGCUUUGGUAAUUCUUUCGCCUCAGCCUAAGUGCUGGGAUUACAGGUCUGUUUCACCAUGUCCUGCUCUAAUGAUAUUUCUUUAAAAUUCUAGCUGGGUGUGGUGGUAUAGACCUGUAAUUCCAGCAUUCUAGGAAGUCAAGAGAACUGCAAAUUUAAACAUAGCCUACGUGAUUCAGAGAGACCCUAUCACAAAAUGAAAUAAAAUUUAUUUAUUUAUUUUUUUUUUUUUUGGCUUUUUCGUUUUUACCGGUACCAGGGAUCGAACUCACAACUGCCUGCUUUCAAGGCAGGCGCUUAUGCUGCUGAGCUAAAUCCCCAGCCCCUGAAAUAAAAUUUAAAAAGGCUUGAACAACUAUUUGCAAAACAACAUCAACUAGUGAUUUGUGUUUUUUUCUCUGAAUGUAUGUACUUUUUUUUACCUAUUUUCUGUUUUGUUUAAUCUUUCUUUAAAUAAAAAUUAAAAAAAAAUUUUAAAAGG